CCCUCCUCCCGCGCCACCGGGGGCCCGGGGUUGAGGAGGGUGGGGAAGGUGGGGGGAGACGCAGAGGCUCCCCCCUCGCCCCCCUCCCGGAUCCACCUCUUCUCUUUCAGCGGGCCGUCUCUUCCCUCCGCCCCUCUCUUCCCCGCCAACUUGCUCCUCCUUAAGGGGCCAAGGUUCCCCUCCCCCUCGGUCGGCGGGCGGGGGGCAGCGGGAUUAACCCCCCUCCCACUCGGACUUUUCCCCCUCCCCUCCCCCGCCGCCCCCGGGCUCGCGCGGGCUGGACUUUGCGCCCGAGCGCGCAGGGGGAGGGGUCCCAGCGGCCCCCUGCCCGUCUACCCCGUCGGAAUCCGGCCCGGGGCGGGGACGGGGGAGGGGGAAGGGGGCCGGGCGCCGCUGUUCAAACUUGUUUCCUUCCCCCGGCGGCGGCGGCGGCGGCGGCGGCUCGGGCUCCUGUGUGCGGGGUUUGCCUUCCCGGAUUGGGCCUACAAGCCAGAGUCGUCCCCUGGCUCAAGGCAGAUCCAGCUGUGGCACUUUAUCCUGGAGCUGCUGCGGAAGGAGGAGUACCAGGGCGUCAUUGCCUGGCAGGGGGACUACGGGGAAUUCGUCAUCAAAGACCCUGAUGAGGUGGCCCGGCUGUGGGGCGUCCGCAAGUGCAAGCCCCAGAUGAAUUACGACAAGCUGAGCCGGGCCCUGCGCUAUUACUAUAACAAGCGCAUUCUGCACAAGACCAAGGGGAAACGGUUCACCUACAAGUUCAAUUUCAACAAACUGGUGCUGGUCAAUUACCCUUUCAUUGAUGUGGGGUUGGCUGGGGGUGCGGUGCCCCAGAGUGCCCCGCCAGUGCCGUCGGGUGGUAGCCACUUCCGCUUCCCUCCCUCAACGCCCUCCGAGGUGCUGUCCCCCACCGAGGACCCCCGCUCACCACCAGCCUGCUCUUCAUCUUCAUCUUCCCUCUUCUCGGCUGUGGUGGCCCGCCGCCUGGGCCGAGGCUCAGUCAGUGACUGUAGUGAUGGCACGUCAGAGCUGGAGGAACCGCUGGGAGAGGAUCCCCGGGCCCGACCACCUGGCCCUCCGGAUCUGGGUGCCUUCCGAGGGCCCCCGCUGGCCCGCCUGCCCCAUGACCCUGGUGUCUUCCGAGUCUAUCCCCGGCCUCGGGGUGGCCCUGAACCCCUCAGCCCCUUCCCUGUGUCACCUCUGGCCGGUCCUGGAUCCCUGCUGCCCCCUCAGCUCUCCCCGGCUCUGCCCAUGACGCCCACCCACCUGGCCUACACUCCCUCGCCCACGCUGAGCCCGAUGUACCCCAGUGGUGGCGGGGGGCCCAGCGGCUCAGGGGGAGGCUCCCACUUCUCCUUCAGCCCUGAGGACAUGAAACGGUACCUGCAGGCCCACACCCAAAGCGUCUACAACUACCACCUCAGCCCCCGCGCCUUCCUGCACUACCCUGGGCUGGUGGUGCCCCAGCCCCAGCGCCCUGACAAGUGCCCGCUGCCGCCCAUGGCACCCGAGACCCCACCGGUCCCCUCCUCGGCCUCGUCAUCCUCUUCUUCUUCUUCCUCCCCAUUCAAGUUUAAGCUCCAGCCGCCCCCACUCGGACGCCGGCAGCGGGCAGCUGGGGAGAAGGCCGCAGCCGGUGCUGACAAGAGCGGUGGCGGUGCGGGCGGGCUGGCCGAGGGGGCAGGGGCGCUAGCCCCACCGCCCCCGCCACCACAGAUCAAGGUGGAGCCCAUCUCGGAAGGCGAGUCGGAGGAGGUGGAGGUGACUGACAUCAGUGAUGAGGAUGAGGAAGACGGGGAGGUGUUCAAGACGCCCCGUGCCCCACCUGCACCCCCUAAGCCUGAGCCCGGCGAGGCACCCGGGGCAUCCCAGUGCAUGCCCCUCAAGCUACGCUUUAAGCGGCGCUGGAGUGAAGACUGUCGCCUCGAAGGGGGUGGGGGCCCCGCUGGGGGCUUUGAGGAUGAGGGCGAGGACAAGAAGGUGCGUGGGGAGGGGCCUGGGGAGGCUGGGGGGCCCCUCACCCCAAGGCGGGUGAGCUCUGACCUCCAGCAUGCCACGGCCCAGCUCUCCCUGGAGCACCGAGACUCCUGAGGGCUGUGGGCAGGGGACCUGUGUGCCCCCCACCCCCCAUGCUUCUUUUGCUGCCUUAAGCCCCCUAUGCCCUGGAGGUGAGGGCAGCUCUCUUGUCUCUUCCCUGCCUCCUCCCUUUUCCAUCCCCACAUUUUGUAUAAAACUUUAAUUUCUUUUUUUUAAAUGGUGGGGGUGGGUGGGUGCCCAGGGCUAGGGGCUGUUCCCUGUCUCUGUGGGUUUCUAAGCUCUGGGCAAAGUGGUGGUAGGGGGAGGGAGGGGGAAGUUAAGGGGGUCACCUCCAUUCUGGGGAAUUUAUAUUUGAAUUGAGGCUUUGGCCUUAACACCCAGGAACUUUUCUAUUACAAUCGCUUAGGAAGUAAAGCCUUGUCUCCCUCCCUGUUCUCUGCCUCUUGUACCCCUCUGACCCACCCGCUCUGUCCCACUCCCAGCCCUCCUCAGCCCCAGCCCUGCCUGCCCUGCCCCUCCAGGGGGCCAUGAGUGCCUAGGUUUCUCAUACCCCACAAGGUCACAGCAGGGGAGGGAGGGACAAUUUUAUAAUGAACCAAAAAUUCCAUGUGUUGGGGGGUGGGGGGCGGAGGAGGGUGAGGGGUGCCGCCCAUGGGCCACAAAUCUCUACAAGUGCCUGCUAUCCCUCUCCCACUCCCCACCCCAGCACCGGUCCAACCCCUUCAUCCCCAGCUGCUCCUAGGACUGGCCCAUGGGCAGGCGGGUGGGGGGAUGGGAAGGGGGUGCCCUGAAACCAAACUGGAAGCCCCCUCUGCCUCCCAGCUGGGGCCUCUGGGGUGGGGUGGGGGGCUGUGGUCAAGCCUUAUUCUGUAUUGGGGACUGAGGGUGGGGGGAGUAGAGGGGCCGCUGGAGAAUGUAUUCAAAACAAUAAAACUUUGGACCUUUGGAUGCAGUGA